AAUGUUAAGAGGAUUUUAUCGAUUUAGACAAAGCGGAAAAGCGAGUAACAACUUAUUUAUUAUGCCUUUGUGCAUGAAUAGCAAAGAGGGAAAAAUAGAAAUAAUAAAUGAGGAAAAAGACUAUCAAAUCGCUUUCUUUGUUCGAAAGCCAAAUCACUAUAAGAAAGAAUUUUCGUCCUCUCAGUUAAGUGCCAUCUCAUCAGUCGCCAUCUUGAAUGACACUCAAAGGGACGCUUUAGAAUAUGUCAUUACACGCUCUGCCCAGGAUUCCAAAACAGUUGCUUCCACCUUACUUGCUCGAGUCAAGCGACUGGGUUACAGUGAAAACGACUUGAAGAGGUUAGUAUCAUACCUCUGACCACUUAGUAUUUUGAAAGAAGUUGAUGCUAGUCCUACCAAUAGCGGUAAGUCGGAUAGCAGUCUGGGAGUUGGUUCUCUUAGCUGACAAUUUUCCUUGAUCGUGAAGUGUGAUUGUAAAGGAGAGAUGGGUCUUGUAAAGAGCAGUUGUUUCUUUAAGAAGAGACUUUCCAUUGAUUUAUUCGAAAAUGAAAACCACCGGCUCGGGCUUUAACUUUCCAAAAGAACUUACCAUCUUCGCAUUGUUGGUUCCCAACCGUUGUGCGAAUGUUGCAAGAUUUUCUUUGCAAUCUCUUUCACUGCAGUACUUGAUUUCACAGAUGGUAGGUGUUACAAGAAGGGAAUGAAUAGAGUCACUCAUUGGUUGCGCCUCUAGGUUGCACCAAGAGUUUUCUGUAGUUACUGUUGCGUUUAUGUUUACCCGACAAAACCAAUAGUAGUAUUGGAAAUAGAUAAAUGCACUACGACAAUGAAUUCGUUGGACUUGGGUCCUGCAUAUUCAACACAUGUUGUUAUCAUCAUAGUUCACUUUCAAAAUUAUCGGUACUUCUAUCAUAAAUCCAAACACUGUAAUUAAGAAAGGACCUUUAAAUGAGCAGUAACUGCAGGGUAUUUCGACGGGCUCCUGAACUUAAGUCAAUAUUUUAUAUUGCGUUUAAGACAAUGUUUGGUUUUUAGAACCUUGCAGUGGGUCCGCAGUGCAGCUCCUAUUAUCAUCCACGUCAAUCUUGACAGAGUGUUAAAGUUCUUAGUCGACGAUACUCAUUAUCGAAACCGCUUUGAGACUGGCACUAGUGGGGGCUCAACGGACAUAGUGGCUAGGAAAUCCUGGGAGGUGAGAAUACGAGAAAUGAUCAAAGAUUACCGUUACUUUACAUCUUAUUGGAGACAGAAACAAAACCCCACGCUCUCGAAACAACUUGAGGGAAUUGGAGUCUUAGAAGCGAUAUUACAUGCCUCAAGAAACAGAAAGAGUAGAACGACUCGCCUCUGACUCAGCCUUGGAAGCGUUUCCCCGUCUUUUUGUUUUAGUGCUUUUUUUUUAAAAUUAGCCAUUCUUUAUUCACCUUUAGUGACAGGUUCCGUAGAGAGUUAACGGUAUCUUUAGUCACUUUGAAGUUCGAGAAUCAGUCGAGUACUGGUGAGACUCUUCUCUCAAGUUGAUUCACUUAAAAGGUCAUUGCUCCAAACAUUGCUGGCGACUCAAUGUGCUCUUACAAUCUCUUUCUUCGCCGCCUAGGACCGUAUUUUUAACAGCGCUUACCACGACAGUAACCCAUCAGAGCGAGUCAAGUACGGUGUACUAAACAUAGGUGAGCAUGACACCAUGACUUGAAUGCCACACCAGAGAAUCCCUAGCAUCUAUCACAAGGGAAAGGAUGAUUACCUUCUAACAUUUUUAUUUUGCUAACAACCAUAGGAAAAUCAUGAUGAUCACUUGUAUCAACCUUUAAUAAAUAGCUAAAACGGCUCAGAGCCUUCUUCCAUUGAAUCUCGUAGACUGCCAUAAAAUUCGCCGAUCAGCUAGGCAGAGGAACAAAGGAGAUGUCAUAACGUGCCAAUUGCUAAUACAUGUAGCCCUACAUCGAGCGCAGGAAAGUGCACAUGACCAAGUCACACGUAAUUGCAGUGUUUGAAUUUUUAAAACGGUGGGGUGUGAUGUCGGAACCAAUCUUAAAGCCCGGUGAAGUAAAACCAAUGAAAUCAUAGGUUACUUUUUAAUAACCAGUUCGAAAAUCGCUCCAAAUAAGGCUUAUUUUUCUAUCAUCAAAGUGCUGUGAGAAAGCGAUAGUUUACUGACCUCCUCUUAUCUGUACUAUUUGCCCGGCUUCCUAGUUGGCGAUCCUCGUGGUGUAAGAAGCUGUAUUCAUUAUGGAGAUUCCUUUCUACAGGUUAGCCUCUUUUGUCACUUUCGUGCUAGGAAAUUUACUAAGUAAAUAAAGAUCGCUCGCUUAAUUAAAGAAAACAUACAUGAUUGGAGAGUAAUCCGGCACCAUUUACGCACCAGCGAUAUCAGCUGCAUGUUCUCGCCACCAAGUUGUGCAGUAAGAGUCAAAUCUGAAGGUACAAUCAAUCCAAUGCUGUGUUGGCGGUAUUAAGGCACAAAUUUUUCCAUUUUUUCACCUUUUGCGUACCAAAAUAACUUGAAUUUACAAAGUGUCUCAAAUCUCCCAAUCCCACCAUCAAAUUUAAGUUAACCUCUUAUAAGAAUAGCUUAGACGUGUUAGAUAGCAUCUUGCACCUUCGACUUGGCUUUGUCAUCACUGAUUUAAUGCCAAAUCCUCUGAUUGCCACCUGUACUUACUUUUUUGUAGUUAACACGCACUAAAAGCUCCAACGAGCCAUUCUCUAUGGAGUUGUAUUGAGAAUCCAUCGUAAUUGUUCCACUGAAGAGUUUUUUUCUUUCUUUCCAAAGGAAGCGAAGAAUACAAUGACAACAAGUUACAAAAUUACAAUAAUUAUCCAAUAAAUUCAUCAUACGAGAAAGCUUUCAACAAGGGGAGAUCCAAAUUCUCACAAAAGAGACUCAAGCCCAGCAAAAACAAGUUUCUUCUGUUAACGAGAGGACACUUGGUUGUUUUACUGUUGACAGGCUGUUAAAUUCCUUUAACGCCCAGGUUGAGGGAAGCCAUGUUUUCAAUCUCUGUGCGGUGGAAAACGAUAUCUUCCUAAAUUCAUUCCAUCAUUGCCAGACUUCCCAUUAUAAGCUUGCAAAUUGAGAUUUCUUCGUUUAUUAUUUUCCUUUCUGGGGCAUGCAACUCUUAAAUGGAAAAGUCGCAAAACAAAAAUAACCUGUCUUCAGCAGCAUAGUCACUUUCAUUCUCGGACUUACACACAUGUUAAACUAUAACUGAGAUGACACUGGAACGGGUCAAAAGUCCUGGAUUCCAGAAGAGUUUGUAUUAACUUAAACUUACCCACGUAAUGCACAUGUCAGUGUCACCAUACCAGUUGUAGCGGUUCAUUUUAAAAUUUUGGUAUCUGUUUUGUUCUUAGCUAAGAAAAGUUCGUCUUCGUACCACGUUCGCUUCUAUGGACACAUCCGGUGAAGGAGUCAAGCUGUCAUGUUGUGAACAUUAUGAAAACGUCCUCUUUGCAUACACAGACAACGAGAUAACUGCGGUGAAUAAUUUCAAUGCGAUACUUUUUCUACCCACUCCUAUUUUACUGUCUCCUUUGCUUGUUCUUUUGAUUGAUUGCGAAUUGUUUGUGCCAGUAUUUUUUCAUUUCAUCGUGUACUCUGAUCGUUCGGGUCGGAGUAGUCCUAAGGAGUUUGGUAGUGGUGACUGACACCUCGAAAACCGUAGAGGAAGUCAUAAUUAGGGUCAAGAUGUACGACGAACAUCUGAAUUUUCUAUGCGUAACGAAAUUGUCAAACACGUCUCUUCAAUUUCCCAGAUAAUGGAUGUAGCCAAUGGAAAGGUUCCAUUUCAUCGAUCAGACUGUAUAUCAAAGUACAAAGAGGUAAUAUGCGUACUUUGUUUCGUGUUUGUUUUUUAAUUUUGCUGUUGGUCAUAAUUGAAAUAGUUUGUGCUGGAAUAUCAGCACUAGGUGUUUUGUUAUGUACUGGACAUAGUGCCUUCGCGUUAAAAAUAUCUAUCUUCCUAACCUAUUGAAUACGCACGACGAGUAAAACAAACUCUCACAAGGAGUCGACGUUUAUGCGAUGAGAAUGCUCAAUCCUGCCUCUGCGGCCUGGGUUCAAGUCGCGGGGAACCUUCCUGGGCUGUACCGAGAGGUUUUCUUUGAGUUCGCCAAUUUCCUCCUUCCACAAAGAUCAACAAUUUUUUACUUGUUUUCUCUUCAUGUUUUGUUUUAUUUGAUCUUUUGUUUGUUUGUUUUUUCCAUGAUAGUUGCUUUCAAACCUUUGCAUGUAUUUUAGUUCGUCAGUCUUUAUGGUCCCUAGCAGGAACUCAAAAUGAGCUUUUGUAACUAUUCUAGAUCUGAUAACCCAUCGGGUUUCAAAUAUUUGAGUCGAUAUUUACACGACAGGUUCAAAUUCACGGACCAGUCAGCCUAUCUGAGAAUGUUGAGUGUAUUGUGGUGAACUCUCGCCACCACAAAGACCCAAAGAUCAAGAAUAUGUUGGACCGUUUCGUGGAGCAAAACAAUUUUAACCUUAUUUGGAUGGAUCCUGAUGACUUAUCAAGUCCAGCGCCUUUUCCGUUUGGCGCCAUGGGCCAUUACUCGUUAACGGAGUCUUCAUCUGGUUCUCUCUCUGCUCCACCUAGAAGACGGACUCAUGGCAAGGUCCGCAAAAGAAGUCGUAAACGAACAUUUCCACAUUAAGGAAAGGACAUUGUGUGUUUGUCAUGAUCAGGAAUGGAGAGAAUUGGGGAGGCUCCUUCAAGGAGUACGCUGUACGCUGUCCCAUCACAGUGCUUUUUGGAGUAUCUUAGAGCAAACUACACCAUCCUUCCACAUUCGAAAAAGCAUGCUACGGCAAAUUUGUGCUUGGGUUUGGCCAAGUCCACAAGAUCACACUCUUUAAACCAUAAAUUAUUGCAUUGAUGAAAAACAAACAUAAACAAGGUUUGAAAGUCUUAUGUUUAAUCUUUUGUCAAGCGAUGGACUCUUAGACGAACUAAAAAAAAGCAAGCCAUUAAACCUUUUUUGAACGUCAUUGCCAGUUUUCUGGACGUAAAAAAAACAAUUUUUUCUAAAGAACAGCCCUUUAUUCUCUGUAGUCUGUAAUUGAAAUUAAAUUUUAAUUAAGUGAAAGAUCUUUCCCUGAAAGAUUCGUCAAUCUGCAAAUGCAAAACCCUCAUUUUGAUCACUAGGAUGGAAUGACACAACUUAUGACAAUUUGAGACAAACAGCAAUUUUCAUAGUGCUUUUGCAUAACAGAAAAUCAGGAUGUGUUACAAUUCAAAGUCAAACUCUAAUCCAGAUCCUUUCAAUUUUACCAAUACGUCCUUCUCUUUUAUCCAC